CACUUCACAGAGUUCCUGGAUGAGUUUUCACCAGAUGUCCUAGGCCAGCUCUUGAAUGAUCCCUUCUUAUCUGAGAAGAAUGAAAUAAUGGAGGUGGAACUGUCUCCGGCGUCCCCAGCACCCCUCAUCCAGGCAGAACAUAGCUACUCCCUCUGUGGGGACUCUCGGCCCCAGUCUCCCUUGACCCACAUCUCGACCGAUGACAACUUCAAUGAAGGUGACCUGGAAAAUGAGGAAUGGUGUCUGGGUACAGAGCUGACUCCAGCAGCAAUAAAGACUGAGCCAGCGUUGUGUGAGACGUCAGGCCUUGCUCCUUCAGUCAGUCUCACUGUCACAGCCACGUCGCUGGAGGGGGAACAAUCUGAGCUACAGAUGGAUGCCCUGAUGAAACCACUGGGCCAGAAAGCUCUUCCAGAGAUUAAACUGGAGCCCCAUGAAGUGGAUCAGUUCCUGAACCUCUCUUCUAAGGAAGCAAUGGAUCCCCUGCACUUGCCUCCAACCCCUCCCAGCAGCCAUGGCAGUGACUCCGAAGGAGGGCAGAGCCCAGCUAGAUCACUCCCUCCUUCAAGCCCAAUCCAGCUACAAGCCACAGCUAAAGUGACAUCGCGCACAGCUUCAGCGCUCUCCAAUUCCCCUCUCCUGACUGCACCACAUAAAUUGCAGGGUACAGGCCCACUCAUCCUGACAGAGGAGGAGAAGAGGACGCUGAUAGCGGAGGGGUACCCAAUCCCUACCAAACUGCCCUUGACAAAAGCAGAGGAGAAAGUGCUGAAGAAAAUCCGGAGGAAAAUAAAGAACAAGAUCUCUGCCCAGGAAAGUAGAAGAAAAAAGAAAGAAUACAUGGACAGUCUGGAAAAAAAAGUUGAGACUUGUUCAAAUGAAAAUAGUGAGCUGCGUAAGAAGGUUGAAGUCUUGGAGAAUACUAACAGAACACUUCUGCAGCAGUUGCAGAGACUCCAAGCCAUGGUUGCUGGGAAAGUGUCCCGUUCGUGUAAGGCAGCUAGCACGCAGACAGGGACCUGUCUUAUGAUGGUGGUGCUGUGCUUUGCAGUAGUUUUUGGCAGCUUCUCUCAGAGCUAUGGGCCAUAUCCUUCUGCUACAAAGAUGGUGUUGCCCAGGCAGCAUUCCUCGCCAGAGUCCUACACAGACUCCAUUGUGAGGUCAAGGAGUCUGCUAAUUUAUGAAGAGCCUCACCAACUGGAGGAGUCGUCAAGCCCGAUCUCCUUUGCAGAUCGCAAUGACAGGCAAGCAGACACCUCCAAGUACACAGCGCUGUCCCUGGAAGCCAUGCCAGGAACACAGCAGGAUGAUAUCAUGCAGUUCAUGAUAGCCAACGAGACACGGCUAGAGAAAUCGGUGCUGCUGGGCCUGCAGCAGCACAGAGUCAACUCCGAACUAGAAGGAAAUGAAACACUGAAGAUAAUUGAAAUAGAUAGAAGAGUCAAUGCCACCUCUUAAAAAUAAAAAGGCCUUUUUUCUUGACUUCCCUUUUUCCCACAUAUUUUCAACCAAAGUCCCCCUGACUUGUCAUCCUCAGUGAACCAAAGCACAAAAGAGAGGGAGUUCAACUUCUGCAUUGACUGGUGAGGCUGUGACUGCAGAUGGGAUCUCUCAUCUUUGUAACUCCCUUCCUCACUUCACACAAAGUCCCUGUCUUUGCUUUUAUUCCUCUCCUGUCUGAUACUGCAAGAGGAGGAUUGAAUUAUGAUGGCAGAUGAUGCCAGCAGUGUGCCGGUGGCUGGUGGGUAUGUGUGCGUGCAUGCACACAUCCUAAUCUGAGCACAAAGACAUUCUGUAGAAGAGUGGAAUAUGUAGAAUUGAUGGGAGUAUGUGGGUGAU